AUGGAAGACCCUGAUCAGACACAUCCUUGCGCGAUCUGUCUCGAUGGCAUGGUCGCCGGCGGUCGGCAGGCCAUCUUCACGGCGGACUGCUGCCACGCGUUCCACUUCAACUGCAUCUCCACCAGCGUCGCUUACGGCCACCUGGUCUGCCCGCUCUGCAAAGCGCAGUGGCGCGACCUGCCGAUCGUGCGGCCGCCACCACCUGCGCCUCCGCCUCCGCCGCCCCGUGCCAUGCGUGUCCCGCAGCCUCCGCCCGUGCGGCCGACAUCAUCGUGGCCGCGCAUGCCCACCCAGCAACGAAGAUCGCCGCCACCGCCCGUGCAUUUCCUGUACAGUCAGCCACUGCCCCCGGUGCGUAAUGAGCAGGUUCAGUCACCGCCACCGCCCAUCUUCGGCGACGACGAGCGGCUUGGUCCGGCCUAUGGGCCAGCAGGGGCUGCACCGAACGGAGCAGUGGUCGUCAAGAUGCACAGCGAGUAUCCGGCCAUUGCGUGGGACUCGUCCAGCGACAGCUUUGCCGUGCUCGUGCACGUGAAGGCUCCCAGGAUCACGGAAACCAUGGUGCCCGGUGGGGAGGCGCCCCGCGCGCCGCUGGACCUCGUGAUGGUGCUCGACGUCAGCGGCAGCAUGUGUGGGUACAAGCUGGCGCUGCUGAAGCAGGCAAUGAGGUUUGUCAUCGACAACCUUGGCCCAGACGACCGCCUCUGCGUCGUGUCCUUCUCCUCCGAGGCGCGCCGGGUGACCAGGCUCACGCGCAUGACGAACGCCGGGAAGGCUCUGUCCGUGAGCGCCGUGGAGUCCCUCGCGGCGCGCGGCGGCACCAACAUCGCCGAGGGGCUCCGUAUGGCAGCCAUGGUGCUCAACGAGCGCCGCCACAGGAACGCCGUCUCUAGCGUUGUGCUCCUCUCCGACGGCCAAGACACCUACACCCGCAUGAGACGAUGGGGCCCGUCGGGCGGUCAGGUAAACGACUACGAUGCGCUCGUCCCGCCCUCCUUUGUGCGCACGGCCACAGACGGCGACUGGUCGGCGCCGAUCCACACCUUCGGCUUCGGCAACGACCACGACGCGGCCGCGAUGCACGUCAUCGCCGAGGCGACGGGCGGCACGUUCUCGUUCAUCGAGAACGAGGCUGUGAUCCAGGACGCGUUCGCGCAGUGCAUAGGCGGCCUGCUCUCCGUCGUGGUCCAGGAGGCGCGCAUCGCCGUGUCGUGCGUGCACCCCGGCGUUCGUGUCGUGUCCGUCAAAUCCGGCCGUUACGAGAGCCGCGUCGACGAGGACGCCGACGAGGAGAGGCGUUUCUUGCUGUUCCUGGCCGUGCCAAGAGCCGAAUCGACAGACGGCGAUGUCACUGCUCUGGUGAAAGUGGUCUUCAGCUACAGAAACGCGGCGACCGGCGCGGAGGUGAGCGUGACGGCAGAGGACACGGUGGUGGCGAGGCCAGAGCACGCGCCGGACGCGUCAGAACGGUCGGUGGAGGUGGAGCGGGAGCGCGUCCGGGUGGAGGCGGCAGAGGACAUCGCGGCGGCGAGGGCGGCGGCGGAGCGGGGCGAGCACCAGGAGGCGGUAGAGAUCCUCGAGAACCGUCAGCGGGCGCUGGAGCAGUCGGAGGCGGCAGGGGACGGCGACCCCAUGAUCAUGGCACUGGGGGCCGAGCUGCAGGAGAUGCGCGGGCGCGUGUCGAACCGGCAGAGCUACAUGCGGUCGGGGCGGGCGUACAUGCUGGCCGGCAUGAGCGCGCACCAACAGCAACGCGCCACCUCCAGGCAGAUGCUGGAGCCGGAGGAGCAGCAGACGUUGAUGAGGGCGCGGAAUGGUGGACCGAGGAGGAUGAUCAGAAGUGGAGUGGGGUCGAUCGCGGGGGGAUAUAGGGCGGCGGCGCCAGUGGCCGAGGCGUCCAACGAGGCGACGAUGUCGUACGCGACGCCGGCCAUGCGCGCCAUGCUGCUGCGCUCGCGUGUGGCGCGGGGGGCGUCGACCGAGCAAAGGCAGCAGGAGGAGCAGCCGCCCGUGGCCGGAGAAGAAGAUGCCGGGAGCUCCGAACCGAAGAUCCAACUCCAAGCGCCAACGCAGACAUAA